AAAGCUUCCUUGUUUACAAUACUCUUCUUUAAAUGAGGCCACCCUCUCCCACUCCUGCUGUUCUUUCAUUGGUAACAGUAACAGUAGUUGCAGUCGCAGGCGCCGUUUCUCUUUUCUCGCACUACGCAUUCUUCUCCCUCCCUACUUUUCCCUCUCUCUCCCCCCUCUGGAAUCUCUGCUGAUGACUGCAACACCUCCUUCAUAAACGCAGACUACCCCUCCCUCUUCCUUCUCCCUCAUCACAAUUCAAAGCACUUACCAUGCAGCUGGUUUCUCAACAACAUCCUCACUGGCUGCAAGUCCUGCUCAAGGAGAAGUUCUUCAACGCCUGCAUAAUUCAUGAGUACGCGAAGAAGAACGAAAAGAACAUCUUCUGCUUGGAUUGUUGCACCAGUAUCUGCCCUCACUGUCUCUCCCUUCACCGCUCUCACCGCCUCUUACAGAUUAGAAGAUAUGUUUACCAUGAUGUUAUCCGUUUGGACGACGCUGAGAAGCUCAUGGAUUGUGCUUUUGUUCAAGCUUACACGACCAACAGUGCAAAAGUGGUGUUUUUAAAUCAAAGGCCACAGACUCGUUCUUGCAGAGGCUCCGGCAACAUCUGCUACACCUGCGACAGAGGCCUGCAGGACCAAUACCUCUUCUGCUCUAUCUCCUGCAAGAUUCAUCAUCUCAUAAGAACAGAAGGUGGGCUCUCCCGGUACCUGUUCGACUGCGAGUGCCUUCCCUUGUCUGAACCUGCCGGACGGGACAUGUUCUGCGACCUCGACGACGAUCAGAUGACCCCCGACUCGGUCCUCGACCAAUCCACUUCGGUCCGGACCUCCUCCGAGUCAGGUGGCAGCGGUGGGGUUUGGUGCAAAACCCUUGCUUGCACUGCGACCACCGAAAUUGUCAGGAAGAAACGCAGUAGCGUUCCGGUUCACAGAGCGGCGUGCCGGCCCAGACCGGUUUGCUUGCCGGUGACUGAGGCGGCGGCGGCGGCGGAGGAGGCGGAGGCGGAGGCGGAAACGAGGGCUGUCAUGGGGAACCGGCGGAAGAGGACUCCUCACCGGUCGCCUUUUUAUUAAGCGAGUGCACGGGGCAGUGAUGUUAGAGAGAGAAAGGAUCGGGUAAGGGAGGUGGGGAUGUUUUUGGGAUUUCAUUAUUUUACCAAGGACAUUUUAGGGAUUAAAAAGAGAAACCUCCCAAUUUUGUAGAGGCAGCCCUCUUUCUCUCUCUUUCCCUCUUAUAUCAAAGGAUUCAGUUUUGUCAAUUCAAAUUGCUAAAUGGUUACUUCAUUACAGAGUAAGAAAGAGUGGCAUGGCAGAGGAGGGGCCCCUGCUUAAUUGCU